UUUUCAGUCAUUGAGAAAUGGGGGUGCUGUCAAGUAAUUUAAAACCCAGUUUUCUGGGUUUAUUAAAAUUUUUAAACAACAUGAACUGGUUUAUUGUGUUUUUCAGUUUAAUUAAUAUUUCAGUUUGUAUUUACGAAGAUCAAAUCGGAAAAUUCGACUGGCGUCAAACUUAUGUGGGCAGAAUAAAAUUUGCUCAGUUUGACACCGUUUCCACCGCUAAAAAAAUAAUUGUCGCCACAGAGGAGAACGUAUUAGCUGCCCUAAAUUUGAAGACGGGUCAAGUAGUUUGGCGUCAUGUAUUUGAAACUGCAUCAACCGGUAAUAUCCAGUUAUUGCAUGUCGGAGAGAAGGUCACCACAGUUACUGGAUCAAAUCCUUAUCUGGUCAGGGGUUGGGAUUCUAACACAGGGGUUCUCAUCUGGGAGUGGUCAUUGACAGUUCAGAAUGAUUUAACGGAAUAUUCACAAUGGUGGGUGCAGAACAAUAUGCUUGUUCAUGUUUUGCCAGUAUUUGGUUCUCACAUUGAAGUCACCAUGUAUAAUCUCCUGACUGGUAGCAAUCGUGGUGCUUCAUCUAUGCUCCCUGCUAUCUGGACCAAUGAGAGAUGUAUUCUCACAGCACCCCACUACACAUGUAUAUCUGGACCAUUGGAGAGCCAACUCCUUCUAUCCAUAGAUGUCACAUCUAAUGCCGUAAAGAUUAUAAGCAAGCCCCUUACAGAUUAUGUUGAUAUCCAACAAACCGUCAGUGUGAAUUUGAGGCCUCUUGGAGGUAACAGUAUUAUUCCAGGUUUUGUCCUAGGCAAUGAUAAAAUAGUAUUUAUAAGAGAUAAUAAUUUUGAAAAGUCAAAAGUUCAGUUGGGUGACAAGUCUGCUAGUGCAACUGUUGUUGAUGGUGCUAAUGGACAUAUUCUAGUACAAACUUGGAUGGAUGAUGUAACAGGUUUUACUCUCACAGCUGACAGUGUAUCCACUGGCAAGGAAGUGACAGAUAUUUAUUGUUCAGACAAAACAUUAAAUAUACCUAAGCCUGAACUUCUAGCAGUGAUGUGCACUCGCACUUCGAGAGAACAGAAUGCCUGCCGUCUGCUCAUCAAUGCAGCCGAUGAUGCAGUACAUCUCAUGCAGCAAGGAGGGCGGGCGCUGUGGGCGCGCGAGGAGGCGCUGUCGCGCGCGCGCGCCGUGGAGUUCGUGGAGCUGCCCGUGUCCGACACCGACGCCGCGCUCGAGAGCGAGUUCGACCAGAAAGAAGGUUCAGUUUGGUCCGCAUUUGCACGUCGGCUGCUCACUCAGUACCAACAGCUGCAGAACUUGAUACGCAGCCUGCAGGGAGAGAGCGCCGUGCAGAAGACGCCGUCGUCCCUCGUCAGAGACUACUUCAACCUCCACAGGAUUAUUGUCAUCGUAACCGAUGCUGGAAAGAUAUUCGGCAUAGACAACCUGUCCGGCGAGAUCCUGUGGCGCCGCUACGAGGCGGGGCUGAGUGCGCAGUCGGCGAGCGUGUUCACGCGGCGCUCGGCGCGCACGCCGCCGCACCACGCGCACCUCAGCGUCGUCGCCACGCAGCGGGAUACAGGAAACGGCUUCAUCCUCAGUCUUAACCCUAUCACAGGCGAAUUAAUCGAUGAAGGAAAGCUGAUAUUGAAUGUACGUCUACUGCAAUGUAUGAUGCUGCAUGUACCUGACUCGGAGAAGUUGCACGCACUUGUGCUAUUAGAUGAAAAAGAAAAUGUGUUGGUACUUCCAUCGUCUGCGGCGCCGCUAGUGGAGGACGUGUACAUGUAUGUCGCCGAAAAAGAUACGGCAAAGGUGCAAGGAUAUUCUUUAAGAUUUGAUGGAAAAGGCGUGCGCGCGCAGCGCACGUGGGCGGCGCGGCUGGGCGGCGCGGGCGCGGCGCGCGUGGCGGCCACGGCGACGCGCUCGCGCCUGGAGCACGUGCGCGCGCCCGGCCGCGCGCUGGCCGACCGCAGCGUGCUCUACAAGUACUCCAACCCCAACCUCGUGCUCUUCGUCGUCGAGCGACUCGACCCGCUCUAUAAAGAGGAGGUGGUGGCGGUGGCGCUGGACGUGGUGUCGGGCGCGCUGGCGGGCGCGGCGGCGCACCGGCGGGCGCGCGCGCUGCCGCUCGCCGCGCACGCCGACAACUGCUUCGUGUACCUCUACCGCAGCGAGAAGCAUCGUCGCCUAGAACUAGCCACAAUGGAAUUAUACGAGGGUAAGGAGCGAUGGUUGGAGCCGGGCGUCCCCUUCAGUUCGCUCGAGUCGAAUCAGGUUCCGAUAGUGGAACAUCAAGCCUUCAUCCUUCCCGCUACGCCCACCGCCGCCGCCUUCACGAUCACCGAGCGCUCGCUUACCGACCGACACGUGCUCCUGGGCCUGUCUUCGGGUGCGGUAGUGGAGCUUCCGUGGGCGUACCUGGAGGCGCGUCGCGACGAGUCACUGCCGGUAGCCGCGCCCGAGCUGCCGCUGCCGGCGGACGCGACGCUUAACUACAACCGCACGCUGCAGCGCGUCAGCGCGCUGCACGCCGCGCCCGCGGGGCUGGAGUCCACCAGCCUCGUGCUCGUCACCGGCCUGGACUUGUUCUACACUCGGGUGGCGCCGUCGAAGACCUUCGAUCUCCUCAAGGAUGACUUCGACUACUACCUGAUCACGAUAGUGCUGUCGGCGCUCAUCGUAGCCACCUACAGUACCAAGUAUUUCGCGUCCCGCAAGAUGCUCAAGCAGGCAUGGAAGUGAUGAUUGUGUUUCUAUUGCUAAUGCAAACGAGUUUGAACUAUAUACCUCGGUGUUAAGGUGGAAACCUUGGUGUUGUGAUGUGGUGAAGUGGCUAAGAUGAAGGUGUGUACAACGGUGUAAGUAUUAUAUUUAAUGAUAUACUGACUAUGUAAGCAAUAAAUUAAAAGACAAAUAUCAUAAAUAUGAAGGGAAGGAAGGGAAUGUUAAGUGUAAUAUUUUAUACGAGAUAUUUUUUUUUUUUCGUAUCUACCAUAUAAUGGUGAAUGUUUGUUUUAUCGUAACAAUUUUUUUCACUUGUGUGUCUGGAAAGAAUUAUAUAACUGUCAUAAAUAUGAUAUGAGCCUCAUAGUGAAAUAAUAACUGCUUAUAGUAGUUACAUAUUGUAAUAAAUAAUAAUAAGCAUUUUUAUAAAUAAUUCAAAUUUCCUCAUUCUUCCAUAAAAUACAGUGUAAAUAAUUUUGUAAAAUAAACAUUGUUAUAGUAGACCAAUUUCAGCUAAAUUUUCCUUCUUUCCUUCUUCUAAGCUAUCUCUGUGACUUACAUUAUAUGCACUGCCGGAAAUUAAAUCUUACUAUAGCUAAGGACAAUUCUUUCAAAAAACUAAGUAAUUGUUGUUACAUAAACUUUAUCCUAAGCUAUAUAGUUCAAACUCGUGUUUUAAUAUGGACUUAUAGGAAAUUUAUAUGAAUAUAUAAAUAUUAAAUAGAUUUGUGAUUGUGCAUAGUGUGUUGUAAGCGGACAGAUAAUGUUCUACAUUCUUUAUACAGAUGUAGUUAUCAGGAAUAAUAUUUUUUAGGUUUCUUCAUACAAGUACCUAAUUUUCUCAUACUGUGAAAUAUAUAUAUACAUAUAUUUAUAACAACAUUACACAUAAUUAAUUACUUUAUUAAACACAUUCUUUUCAUUCAGUAUGACUUGAUAGCUCAAUUAUAUGUCCAUAAAAAAUAAUUAAUAUAAACUAUAGUAUAUAUAAAAAUACAGUAUAUAUUUUAAUUUCAAUCAUAUUAGAAGCAUUUUAAAACAAUUUAAAUGACUGCAAUUUAUUUAAGAUUUUAUUAAUUAGAAAUUUGUAAACAAAGUAUGAGCUAUCAAUGUUGAAUAUUUAUUUUAUUGCUAAGUAUAUUUCUUACGAAAUAAGUUCUUAUAUAAAAUGAAACAGAUAAUAAACUGAUGUAAUUAAGGUUAAAUAUGAUUAGUUAGUGCAAUUUAGGAAUAUUAUUUAUUACAAUGGUGGUUUGUAUAUUCUAUUUAUAUUGAAAAUAACCAUUCCAAGCGAGGAACAUCAAAUAUUAAUUUAUAAUUAAAUAAAAACAUUUGAAAUAAAAUAUUUACCAAUAAUUUAUAAAUGUAUUGAAAAUUAUUUUUAAUAUAAAAUAAUGACCCAUUUGUAACAUUUUGAGGUUUGGAAGUUUCCAAAACAUUCUUGAUUCUUUGAACAGAUUAAUUAUUCUAUUCACUAGAAAAGCUAAAAGCUACAAAAACUAUGUGCAUUUGUUGUAUUUGAUUGUACACCUUUCCAUUUGAUUUCUAAACAUAAAUUGUAAACUAACCAAAGAACCCAUUUGUGUAAAAGAAUUACAAUUUCUAAAGACACUAUAUUACACUGUAUGACUUGUCCCAAUGGCACGAGGAACAACUUUGUCCUAGAAUUGCCACAACAUCAUUGGUCGAGAUCUUAAAUAAUAUAUUCUCUAUACCAAUGUAAGAAGGAAUAGAUACACAAACCAUAUAUCUACUUUUUACAAGCGAUUUGCUAAUAGCUCAACUAUAUUGUACACUACUAACAGUUCUUGAUAAAUAUAUCUUUAUUUAUAAUAAAACAGUAUGUCCCUUACCUACUUAUAUCGACUGUAAUUUUACUUCCAAAGUUCGGAUAACAGCUGCAUCGACAUUCAAAACGCCUAUUAUUUCAAUAAUUCAUAAUGAAUCCUCAAAUAUUUUUCAAGUGAUAAUAUAUACCGCGUUAAUUCAAUGUCUAAUGUUAUUCAUUUGUUUUUUGUCCUCUUGUGGUUGGAAUCUAGGGUAUUAUUAUGGACGCAUCAAUAAAUAACAUUUUAAACGGCCGCAAAGCUAAUUAAACUGGAAAUAAAGUUUUGGAUUUUGAAUUGCAAUCAAUAGAUGUUUGGAGAGUACAAUAAAGCAUAGCUAUUAUAAUCAGUCACAUACAAUAUGUAAACCUAGGGUUUAUUUAUCAUUGCUUGUUACGCAAUUGUUUAUUUAUAGUCAUUAAUAUGAAAAUAAAAAUGCAGUCAAUGUUAUCUGCCACCAAUUUAUUUUAACAUCUGAUCAUUUUAGAUAAAUGAAGAUUAUCUUCGCACUAAGUUCUUUAUAUAAAAGCAUGAAUGUCGAGUUGCCUGAAUUGUCUGUUUAUGUAAGAUUUUUAUCUAAAUUACUCUAUAGGUUUUUCCAAACCAUAAACCAAUUGGCUUGAAAUAGGAAUAUUUAUUUCAAGGAUCCAUCGGAUUAAAAACAUUCGAUUAAUAAAACCGUUACAGUCAAAACAUUUCACUGGUCAAAAUUAUUUUUGAUUGGCAAUAAGGUUGGUUAGUUUUACUUGUGUAAGCCGGUAGUCUAGAAAAUGAGUAUUACAUGACAAUAUUAUUGUACUGAGUAUGUUUGUAUAACCAGAUAUAUAAUAUCAAAGGUACAGCAAAUUAAUUAUCUCAGUCAAGAGUAGUUUUGAUCGCGAUUGUUCUGACUAACAUAACGAAGGGCUCAAUUCUGUCACAAUCAUCUCUUAAUUCAUCACAUUUUGAAUAGCUUGGAAAUAAAAACACGAUAAUGCCAAAUACGUUAGGUGAUGAAAGGAUUAUGAAGUAAGUUGUUCCUAAUCGAAAAAUAUAAUUAUUACGUAUUAUUUGUUGCCGAUUAUGACAUGCACUAAUGGAAAUAUUACAUUAUGGCCAUUUAAUCCUACAGAAAAAAUAACAAUCGAAAAUUAGUAAUACAAAUCGGUAAAGGAACUCUAAAGUAAUUAAUCGUAAUUACUAAUAUGAUAAUCGAAUACCUGUUUUAGGAAUAAAUAAAUGUUUCGAUAAUAUCCAUUAUUUGUAAUCGAUUAAUCGCCCAUCUCUAGUAUGUUUUACUUUGAAUAAAUAACUCAUAAUACAAGAGUAGAUUAGAUUGUUUGUGUUAACUUACUUAAUAAUGUUAACUUACUUUUUGAAAUCGACGAUGUAUGUGUUGUCACAGUGCUUUUGUUCCUUGCAUCAUGUUCACUUGAAUAAGUAUCAGAGUCCCGUGUCUUUACUUCGAGCAAUUUAAACGUAUAGAUCCAUGAAGUGUUAUUUUUAAAUGUAAGUUAAGAUUUCAAAUAUUAUUGACGGUUUCGUUUGAUUAAAUUUUCUUACGUUAUUAAAAAUAAUAGAACAGUUUUUCGUGAAUUUUAAUCGUAUAAAACCAAGUUACUGUGAAAAUUGGAAAAAAUAAAAAGUUAAUUUUGACAUAACUUUUUUAUUGUUGGUUAUACAAUAUUCAAACACUUGACUAACUUUUAGAACAAUUACUUAAAGAUAGAAUAUCUACAUCGAUAGAUUGAUUCUUAGUCUGCGUGACUUGCUACUAUGUAUUAUAAAUCAUUUGUGAGUUUAAUUUAGACAACAUUAAUACGUAGUUAUAUAAAAUAAAACAAAAGAGUAUUACUAAAAUUAUAAAAUCAAGAAAGCUAGUUUCCAAACUUCCAAAAAAAUAUUGAAAUCGAAGAAUUAAACAAUCAAUCUACUAGUAUUGUUGAAUAAACAGCUUUAAACGGCGUACCCGAAUAGAGCAAAUGCUGUAUUAUGUUUAUUUAUACACUGAAUACCAAUUAAACUAUUUUAAUCAGUAAAUAAAUAGAAGUCAUUAAAUAGGAUAGGUUUUGGGAUAAAUGGGUAAUUUUGUUUUGAUUGAAGACCUUGUUUUUAUAUCGAAUAAAAGUUGAAAUACAUACUGCCAA